AUGACGUCGCGCGCGUAUGUGAUCCAGAUUCCACAUGCGCAUACUCGUGCUUUGGGUGUCCAAGCUGUGGCGAUGAAAGACACACUGUUGCUAUGGUGCGGUAGUGUACCUGCAUCGUAUGCCGCCUCGGUGCUGGACGAAAGUGGCACGCCAGCCAAGGACGACGACCUCUCAGCGACAGCGACGUAUGCGGCAGACCGCGCGCCGUCCUCGUUAACGGCUCGCCAUGGGAUCGAAGGCCGCCUUGCUGACGAUUGGAGUGUAGCUAUGAAGAUACCCGGCUCUGCCUCGACUGGCACCACUCUGUACCCCUCCACGCAUACCAUGUCGCUUGGCAUAGCGCAGCGUCUUUCGGCCAAGCUAGGCGUGGCGCAAGUCUACGUAUCACUGGACCUACCUGACUCUUUUGCGGCGCCGUCGCAUGGCAUGCCUAUGCCCCCAGAAGACGCACGGGCUCUGCAGGCCAUGGAGCUGGGCUUGCGCCGAGUUGGCGAGGCGAUGCAUCCCUACACGCAGGCCUCGUCGGAGGCUCCGCGUCCUUCGUCCAUAGACGUGCGUACCUGA